AGAGCGCGCCGCGAUGGCCCCGCCGCGGGGCUGAGGUGCCCGCACGCCCCUCCGCGCCCUCGCCAUGCAGAAGAGCCUGCGCUACAACGAGGGGCACGCCCUGUACCUGGCCUUCCUGGCACGCAAGGAGGGCACCAAGCGCGGCUUCCUGAGCAAGAGGGCGGCCGAGGCGAGCCGCUGGCACGAGAAGUGGUUCGCGCUCUACCAGAAUGUGCUCUUCUACUUCGAGGGCGAGCAGAGCGGCCGCCCAGCGGGCAUGUACCUCCUGGAGGGCUGCAGCUGCGAGCGGGCGCCCGCGCCACCCCGGACCGGCGCGGGACCCGCGGGCGCCCGGGACGCGCUGGACAAGCAGUAUUACUUCACUGUCCUUUUUGGGCACGAAGGUCAGAAACCCCUGGAGCUGCGCUGUGAGGAGGAGCAGGCCGGGAAGGAGUGGAUGGAGGCCAUUCACCAAGCCAGUUAUGCGGACAUUUUGAUUGAGAGGGAAGUGUUAAUGCAGAAGUACAUUCAUCUGGUUCAGAUUGUGGAGACAGAAAAAAUUGCCGCUAACCAACUCCGACAUCAGCUUGAAGAUCAAGAUACCGAAAUUGAAAGGCUUAAAUCAGAGAUUGUUGCUCUUAAUAAAACCAAGGAACGGAUGCGCCCUUACCACAGCCAUCAAGAGGAUGAGGAUCCAGACAUCAAGAAGAUUAAGAAGGUUCAGAGCUUCAUGAGAGGAUGGCUGUGCAGGAGGAAGUGGAAGAGCAUCGUGCAGGACUACAUCUGUUCUCCGCACGCCGAGAGCAUGAGGAAGAGAAACCAGAUAGUGUUCGCCAUGGUGGAAGCCGAGUCGGAGUACGUGCACCAGCUCUACAUCCUGGUCAACGGUUUCCUCAGGCCCCUGCGGAUGGCAGCCAGCUCCAAGAAGCCCCCCAUUCGCCAUGAUGACGUCAGCAGUAUUUUUCUCAACAGUGAAACGAUCAUGUUUCUUCAUGAAAUAUUCCAUCAAGGACUAAAGGCAAGGCUGGCAAAUUGGCCUACUUUGAUUUUAGCUGACCUAUUUGACAUUUUGCUGCCCAUGCUGAACAUUUAUCAAGAAUUCGUGCGUAAUCACCAGUACAGCCUCCAAGUACUUGCCAACUGUAAGCAAAACAGAGACUUUGACAAGCUCUUAAAACAGUAUGAAGCCAACCCUGCCUGUGAGGGGAGGAUGCUGGAGACAUUCUUGACCUACCCAAUGUUUCAGAUCCCCAGGUACAUCAUCACACUGCACGAGCUCCUGGCUCACACCCCCCAUGAGCACGUGGAGAGGAAGAGUCUGGAGUUCGCGAAAUCGAAGCUGGAGGAGCUCUCCAGAGUGAUGCAUGACGAAGUGAGUGACACUGAGAACAUAAGGAAAAACCUCGCCAUUGAAAGGAUGAUCGUGGAGGGCUGUGACAUUCUGCUGGACACCAGCCAGACGUUCAUCCGUCAAGGUUCUCUUAUUCAAGUGCCUUCUGUUGAGAGGGGAAAACUUAGCAAAGUCCGCCUGGGCUCCCUGUCCCUGAAGAAGGAAGGCGAGAGACAGUGCUUCUUAUUCACAAAGCACUUCCUGAUCUGCACCCGGAGUUCGGGAGGGAAGCUGCAUCUGCUCAAGACAGGUGGGGUUCUUUCCCUCGUCGAAUGUACGUUGAUUGAGGAGCCAGACGCAGGUGACGAUGACUCCAAAGGUUCUGGCCACAUGUUUGGACACCUGGAUUUUAAAAUAGUGGUGGAGCCUCCUGAUGCCUCUUCUUUCACUGUGGUCCUGUUAGCACCUUCACGCCAGGAGAAGGCUGCAUGGAUGAGCGACAUCAGUCAGUGCGUGGACAAUAUACGAUGUAAUGGUUUAAUGACUAUAGUGUUUGAAGAGAAUUCCAAAGUGACUGUGCCACAUAUGAUUAAGUCUGAUGCCCGUCUUCAUAAAGACGACACUGACAUCUGUUUCAGUAAAACGCUCAAUUCCUGCAAAGUGCCCCAGAUCCGCUACGCCAGCGUGGAGCGCCUCUUGGAGCGGUUGACAGACUUAAGGUUUCUGAGCAUCGACUUCCUCAACACCUUCCUGCACACCUAUCGCAUUUUCACCACAGCCACCGUGGUGCUGGCGAAGCUCACCGACAUCUACAAGAGGCCUUUCACCUCCAUUCCUGUCAGAUCGUUAGAGUUAUUUUUCGCCACGAGCCAGAACAAUAGAGAACAUUUGGUGGAUGGAAAAUCUCCACGUCUGUGUCGAAAGUUCUCUUCCCCACCUCCCCUGGCCAUGUCCAGAACAUCCUCCCCAGUGAGGGCCAGAAAGCUGUCCUUGACCUCGUCCUUGAACGCAAGGAUCGGAGCCUUGGACCUCACCACAUCCUCGUCUUCCAGCAGUCCCACCGCCACCCACAGUCCUGCCGCAUCCCCGCCACCUCACCCUGCAGCUGUCCUGGAUUCUGCAGCAGCUGACCGAGUAGCGGACUCUGCAGAGCUGUCUCCCUGUAGAUCCCCCUCCACUCCCCGGCACCUCCGAUACCGGCAGCCUGGAGGACAGGUGGCUGACAGUCCCCACUGCUCCGUUUCACCUGCCUCUGCUUUUGCAAUUGCCACAGCUGCAGCAGGACAUGGGAGUCCACCAGGGUUUAACAAUACUGAGAGAACAUGCGACAAGGAGUUUAUCAUACGAAGAACAGCCACCAACCGCGUCCUGAAUGUCCUCCGCCACUGGGUCUCCAAGCAUGCACAGGAUUUUGAACUCAAUAAUGAACUCAAAAUGAAUGUUCUGAACUUGCUAGAAGAAGUUCUACGAGACCCAGACCUUCUUCCUCAAGAAAGGAAAGCCACGGCCAACAUCCUGAGGGCUCUUUCACAAGAUGAUCAAGAUGACAUCCACCUAAAAUUAGAGGAUAUAAUUCAAAUGACAGACUGUCCAAAGGCCGAGUGCUUUGAGACAUUGUCAGCCAUGGAGCUGGCGGAGCAGAUCACUCUCCUGGACCACAUUGUUUUCAGAAGCAUCCCCUAUGAAGAGUUUCUUGGGCAGGGCUGGAUGAAGCUGGACAAAAAUGAAAGGACACCUUACAUCAUGAAAACCAGCCAGCACUUCAAUGAAAUGAGUAACCUGGUGGCCUCCCAGAUAAUGAAUUAUGCUGAUGUCAGCUCCCGUGCCAAUGCCAUUGAGAAGUGGGUAGCGGUAGCAGACAUUUGCCGAUGUCUACACAACUACAAUGGCGUUCUGGAGAUCACCUCAGCCUUAAACAGGAGUGCCAUCUACAGGCUAAAGAAAACCUGGGCCAAGGUGUCCAAGCAGACAAAAGCUCUGAUGGAAAAGCUUCAGAAGACGGUCUCAUCUGAAGGAAGAUUUAAAAACCUUAGAGAAACCCUUAAAAACUGUAACCCCCCAGCUGUCCCCUACCUUGGGAUGUACUUGACAGACCUGGCUUUCAUUGAAGAAGGGACACCGAACUUCACUGAAGAAGGCCUCGUCAAUUUUUCCAAAAUGCGAAUGAUAUCACACAUUAUUCGAGAGAUACGUCAGUUCCAGCAGACUGCUUACCGCAUAGACCAGCAGCCAAAGGUCAUACAGUACCUGCUUGACAAAGCCCUUAUCAUAGAUGAAGAUACACUCUAUGAGCUAUCACUCAAAAUCGAACCUCGACUCCCUGCUUGAAGAUCUGACCUUGUCCCUGAAACCAGAAGAAUUUCCUGAAAAGUGGGCCACACUUGGCACAGGGGGGACCCAGAGGGACAACGCCUGUCUCCUUUCACCACCAAAGAUGGAUCCAGACUGCAGUUCUGUCUCCAGCCAGGGUGAAGCCCAGUGGCAUGGGUCAGAGACAGAUGUCCCAGCCUCGGGCGGGAAGGUGUAAAAUUUGAGGCUUAGGGAAGCUGAUGACAUAAUUUGCAUAGGGAUGCAAUGUAGGAGAUGCUGGUGACAACUGGAAUGGAGUGGCGUGAGGGGAGCUCCUGUCCCGUGUUCUGCUAGAACUCGGGGACAAGGCCUAACUGAGAAGACUGUCAUGUUUCUUUGGCACUCUGCUAGCCUGGGCACACCUGUACCAAUCUUCCAGGACUUAAUUGCUUCUAUUACAUUCCCUUUAUGCCAAACUUCAUGGCCAGGCUGAAGCUUGCUUUCUAAGCCCGACACACAUGCAGUUUUGAUAUGUAGCAUGAGCAUGGUUCUCAGUGCAUUCCAUGUGCAUGGGCGGAGUGGUGUGCCCUGAAAACAGCCUGUCUAGCCUUCCGGCAAGGGGUCAGGAAAUAAAAGGUUAGGAAAUAAGCGGAUUUGUGGGUAGCAUUUCCUUAAUUACAAGUAAGCAGUGUCCCACAGGCUUGAGCAGGGGCUUCACUGAGAGACUGGUGGCCCCAGGAAGCUGCCCCCUUGGAGAGGCAGCUGUGGGGGUCGCACGCAGUGAGGUGCAUGGCCAUGUCAGUUAGCCAACAAAACUCUGGAAUGUGAUAAUAAGGCCACCAAGUGCUAUGGAGAGACAUACCGUUCACUAAGCAAAAAACGUAGGCCUAAAAGUCAUCUUUGUACCUGGUUUUACUUGUUUUCUUCCCCCUAAUGUCCCCUAGAAACCUUUUCUGAUGUUCACAAACUUAAUUUGGUUCAUUGUGAGCAUUGGCUGUACUUUAAAAACAUUUUGUGGAGGUUUUCUUUUGAAAGCCCACAUUUCUGUGCACUAUUGGAAGAUGGUCCUCUCUCCUGUCUCAACCAUCUUUGUUUAAAAAUGGUUCUGAGAUCUUUCUGAGUAAGAAUACUCAGUGUGUGAGAAAUGGCCCAACCAUUUCUGCUCUUAUAGGAGAAAACCAAAUGUAGGGGUUUGCCCUGUGCCCCAACCCUGGAGAAGUGACCUCACUCUUCCCAGGAUGGUCUGUGGUUAAAGGAACAGGGCUCCGUGGUUACCCCCUCUCCUAUUCUCAGGGAGACCACUGCUUUAAAGGAAGGAAGAAAUGGCAGUGAGGGAUUCUUAUUACCUGAGCCUUUUCUACCUGGCAUUUUCUCUUAGGGGCAUGAUGCUUAUUCAUGCUGACAGUGAAGAUUUAUUUGUCUAGUUAUUUUCCCUCUUCCCUUGCAUUUUCAUUAUGUGGUAGAGCUGAAAACAUCCCACUGGCUCCAAAGGCCCAGUGAAGAAAUAGCAUUGGUAAUGGACCAUAGGACUAGAGAAGGGUACAUUUCCUGUAAAGUAAGAGUCUUCCCUGUGCAGAACUGCAUAAACAUGCAUAAACUAGGUAAAAAUGUUUGUAUUAUAUGAAUUCCACUCCAAAGCUCUUUUCAUAUUCGCCAGUGGUAUAGCACUAAGGGCCACCUAUAGAUGCUUUCUCCUUUCUACUUAUUUAUUUCCUGAGUUGCUUGUUUGUUCUCUCCGGUUUCAACUAUGAGACUGAUGCAUCGUGCUGCAUGAUGGAAGCAUAAGCUGCGGGACCCUACCUGUGCAUACCGAUGGUUGACUUCUCAGUGUCCAGAACGUUUGAGGGAAUGUGUCCUUCACACCACACCACAAGAUCUCACAGAGAUACAGUAAAGAGUAGCAUUCUUGAGAGGGCCACAGCAUACUGGUUCCACACAAAACACCACUGGGGAAAGAGUGCCUCCUCUGCCUCCUCCCGCCCCAUGCCCGCCCCUCAGAGGACGGCUCUGUGUGCACUUGGCUUGGGAGUUUGGGCUCCUAUUUCACCAAUGUUACUUUUCAGAGGCCACUGAAGCCAUUCUUAUUAAAGAAAAAUAAGAGGAAUUCCUAAUGCUCCUUGACUGUUGAAAUGCUGCUUUUCCUCCCCAGUGGCCAUUGUGACCACUGCCAUUACUUUGCUCACAGAUUUUCUUCAGCUGGUUAGCAGUAAAGAACCAGGGAUCUUGCAUGGGUCAGCCAAGGCAGACUGCACAUUUAAAACAAAACACCUCAACUUGGUCACGCUUAAAUUUCGCCAGAGCAAUUUGUGGUUUCUCUUCUGAUUGUUAAAAGUUCCUGUCCUUUAAAGCUUUGUAUGUAUUUGCAGGGUACAAUGCAUGCACCCCUACUUUAUGAGAUGCCUUUGUAUGCACCUGGGAGAGAGCUCCCAAAGUCAACUAGUGAAUACGUGUGCUACCGAACUAACAGGAUAUCAGCUCAGUUCCGCGCUCUCAGAGGAAAUCUUUUCCUGUUGGUGGAAUGACCUAGAGGCCUUGCGGGACACCUAACUAGGGCAGCUGCUCUUACUACAGAAACAAAUCUCUUACCAAAUGAAGCCACUGUACUGCACGACAGUUUCAGGCGUGAAGUAUAAUGCUGCCACUUUUCUUCAGCAAUUUAGAGAGGGGAUUUUAAACAGCUGUGACAAUGUCUUAGAAUGACUCUAACACAAAGACUCCUUUGCUGUCCGUUGCUCACUGCAUCUCAAAGUACUGAUAUAAACAGUGAAAGUCGUGGAUGCUAGAUCACGUGGAGGAGAAAAAUCCAGUGGGGGCCAUUUAAUGUGAUGGUGGGCCUUCCCCUCUUUCUCUCGUGGUGGGCGAAGCAAACUGAGGGCUAUCACAGAUCGCAUCGCACCUAAAGAGUAAUGCAGUAAAGCAUUCCUAAAACUGUCAGUGUUCACAGUAAAAAUCAGAUUUUACUUAGAUUUUCUUUUCAACUUUAAUGUUAUUCCCCCAUGAAAUUGUCUCUUGUUUUAAAUAUGUUUCUUUUUUAAAUCCAGCCUACAAAAGUUAUCAUUUUUUGCUAUGGCUGAGGUGGCAUAAAAGAUAAUAAUAUACUAUUUUUAGCCAGGCUAAUGUCCACAAAUUUAUGUUCAUUUCUGUGUGAAAUAAGAGUUUAAGUUUAGUGACUUUUUAUGGGCACUACUAUGUGAUUCCUAGAAACAAGACUCUGUCAGUGGGAUGUAACUGGCAUCCUUCCAGAGGCCAGUGGUAUCUUAGAGUGGGGCGGAAUAGAGCAGAGAGGGACCUUUUGUUGUAGAUGCAGACAAAUGAAUGAUCUAGCAAAGUUUCCAUCUCAGCCGCUUGGGGCAUGGCAUUACGGUCAGGACUGACUGUUCUUGACACAAUCUGCCCGAGGAAAUUAAUCACCCUGCUUCACAGCACUGACCCACUGUCUCUUCACAACCCAUUUCAUUUAACCAGAAGGCUGGUAUGUAAGAGCAUUGGAGCAGACCUCAGGUUCAGCCCAGCUCUGCACUGUCCAGUGUUGACACUCCCAGGCUCACCUUCUUCAUCUGCAAAAUGGGAUUAGUCAUAAUUCCUGUGAUGUCUACCUCAUUGGGCUGUCCUGAGGACCAAAGGGGUCAGAAUGUAAACUUUAAAGUGCUGUACAAUUGUGAGGUAACUGAGUACCAUUCUCAGCUCUCUUUUGCAGAGGAAUGAAAUGUACUUCUUAUUUGUAUGUAUGUGCGUGUUUGUGUGUACAAACAUAUAAGUCAGAAAAGCACACUGUUUGUGUCUGGUCACUUUGCACAUAUGCUGUCAUUUGUCACUCUAAGGAGAGAUUUGUGCUGUGGCCUAGCACUUGCCAAGUGAGGCGUAGGUUAUGCCAAGAUGCAAAUUAAACUCCGCCUUUCU